CAAGUGCCUGUAUCGGAGUUACUCUCACUUUCUCCAGUCUAUUUAAGCCGAGGGAGAGUCAACUUUUACAUUAAAAUCAAAUUAAAACAUCUCUUCUUCAGAUUCUUCAUCACAACAGUUUUUGCUUCUGAAUCUCUCUCCUUCUCUCUUUCUUCAAAAUGGGAAGUGAAAUGGAGGCAGCAGAGGAUGGACACAUUAGAACUGGAACUUUGUGGACAUGUACAGCCCAUGCUUUUACUGCAAUACUUGGUUCAGGUAUUUUGUCAUUGCCAUGGAGCGUGGCUCAACUUGGUUGGAUUAUGGGACCCUUCGUUCUUGUUACCUUUGCAGCUAUUACUUAUUACGCUGCCGUCAUUUUCUCUGAUUGCUAUCGAAGUCCUGAUCCCAUCACUGGAAGAAGAAACCGCACUUACAUUGAUGCCGUGAGAGCUAUCUUAGGUCCUACCGAUUUACUGGUUUGUAGUAUAUUGCAAUAUAUUAUGUUGUGGGGAACAAUGAUUGGCUACACAAUUACAGCCACCAUUAGUGCAGCGAGUUUGAAGAAAUCAACUUGUUUCCAUGCGAAGGGACAGAACGCAUCAUGUGGCGUAUCAGGAAAUCUAUACAUGCUAAUAUUUGGAGCAAUUGAAAUUAUUCUAUCUCAAUGCCCUAACUUGGAGAAAAUAACAUUCCUAUCCAUCAUUGCCUCUGUUACAUCUUUUCUAUAUUCUGCUAUUGCACUUUCCCUAUCGAUUGCAAAAUUUUCCUCUCAUCUCGAGUUCAAAGGAACUUUCAAGGUUGCUAAUAGUGGUACAGGUUUACCUACAUCGACAAAGAUCUGGAAAGCCUUUCAAGGUCUCGGAAACAUUGCUUUUGCCUACAGCUACUCCAAUAUACUACUUGAAAUCCAGGAUACAUUGAAGUCUCCCCCACAUGAAAAUACGGUAAUGAAGAAAGCGACACUGUAUGCAGUUGGUGCAACGACCCUGUUUUACAUUUCUCUUGGAUGCAUGGGUUAUGCCGCCUAUGGAAAUGAUGCUCCUGGAAAUAUUCUCGCUGGAUAUUAUAAUCUAUUCUGGCUUGUUGACAUUGCCAACCUCGCUGUGGUUAUACAUUUGAUUGGAGCUUAUCAGGUAUUUUCUCAACCACUUUUUGCCGUCCAUGAGACUUGGAUUGGAACAAGAUGGCCAACUUCAUUUUUCAACACUGAUCACACAGCUAAACUCCCAUUCAUUAAAAAGUACACAAUCCGGUUCACCUUGAGCAAGCUUCUGCUGCGAACAGUAUUCGUUACUUUCACGACGGCCAUAGCAAUGAUGUUCCCAUUCUUCACUGCCAUUCUUGGUCUUCUAGGAGCAGUUUCUUUCUGGCCACUGACCGUGUAUUUGCCGGUGAGCAUGUACAUUGUGCAAGCAAAGAUCAAAAGAGGAAGCUCUAAAUGGAUAUUGUUUCAAAUUCUGGGGUUGUCAUGCUUGAUUGUAACGCUCCUUUCUGCAAUUGGUUCAUUUGCAGAUAUUUUAGAGCAAAUGAAGCAUGCAAAGCUGUUUCAUCUUCAAAUCUAGAUGCUUAAGUUACUCUUACAAUUUGUUAUGUCUACCAGUAAUUAACCAUUAGUUGGGAUA